GGAUCAUCCGAUCGAAGAUCCACUAGACCCGGUGGAGUUCGGGUGCGGCCCGAAAUACUUACUGUUCCUGGGCCUCGAAUGCUCACUCGGACGACGGAUCUGAUGCACACAAACAGGUGCCUGAAGCCACUUUCGGCGGACAAACGACUAUAGUAGUGCACCUUUGUUUCGGUGCCAAGUUCCUACCUUCGGCAUCAAGUACCGUAACGGAUGGGCUGCGAGCACCAAAACAGAUGAAAGGAGAAGCCAAACGGAGAACACGUAAUGACACUUACUCGCAGACAUUUCGAGCGACCUGAUCAAGAUCAUCCUGUCCCGUGCACCUUCUCAGCUACCAAACCUGCCUAGCAGCGAAUCUCACAGUACCACAAUGGACAAUUUUAUGGACAUGACGAAGAAAGCUGGCCACACGGCCGAGCUGGAACGCCUGGCUGCCCUCCACGCGACAUACUAUGAUGCCAUGGAUGGCAAGCUUGUUCUGGCACCUCUCGACCUGCAGGAGCCUGGCAAGAAGAUCCUCGACUGCGGCACCGCGGACGGGAUCUGGCUUCGUGACGUGCGGAACUCGGCCCCAGCCGGACACCAGUACUUCGGCAGCGACAUCGAGCCGGAGCUCUUCCCUGAGGAAACCGACGGCAUGAUAUACUUCCCCCAAUCCUUCAGCGAGCCAUGGGCCGACGAGCACAAAGACGCAUUCGACCUCGUUCAUGUCCGGGGAAGCCUGGCGGGCUCCAGUCCCAAAAGGCCCGUCGAUGUGAUCAGAGGCCUCGCCUCCGUGACGAAGCCAGGCGGCUGGGUCCAGCUCAUGGAGUUGAAUGCGUUCAGCGCCCCCAGCAACGGCCCCGCCAUGACCGACUUCGCGCGCAUGGCCUCCGAGAUCUGGGCUGGGAUCAAGGUAGGGGACUUCGCCAAUGAGCUGAAGUCUAUGUUGGAGGAAGUGGGCCUGCAGAACGUCCAAGAGAACAGAGUCAUCGUUUCCUUGGGGAAGAAGGCGAAGCCCGAAUUACAUAGCAAGAGUAUUCAUGGGGUGACCGGACCUAUUCGGCCCCUGGUGUCGGUCGCGCGGAGUGUGUCCAAUUCUUUCACGGAUGAGCAACUUUCAUCUUUGCCGGACCGGGUGAGGGAUGAGCUGGAGACCGAGGGAGGAAGGAUUGAGAUGGUGGUGGCAUGGGGUCAGCGUAUCUAAAUGGAGAUUUUUCUCGUGCACUGCAAAUCGGCGCGGAAAGUUGGAAUAUAUAUGUUUCAUGUCCUUAAGGAAAGUCUUGCGUACACUAAUGUCACCGACACGGGAUCAGCGACUGAGAUUUCUCAAUGAUCUUAACUUCCUUUUCAUCAAAUAAAUUACUACUGUACUCAGCGAACUGAC